AACGAUAGCGGCUGUAUGUGUUGUACGCGCUGGGUUAGACAAGCAGUAUGGCGGAAGAAGAGAGUGAAUUGGAGUUGGACAGGUUUAGAAAAGAAUUACAGAGUUUGUUAAACGACGAGUGCGGACUGCAAAGCAAGUCGUAUUGCUCGAGAUAUUGCGAGCUGGUCGUGGAAUACACAAGCCGAUGGCAGGUGCCUCUCCCACAGCUGCAGGUCUUGAGGAGCGCCCUGUGUGCGUUUGUCCGUGGUGCAGCCUCCUUCCCGUCCGAUUGUGAACACGUGCGCUACACUCUGAGCAGUCUGGCUCUGAGCGUCUUCGAGCUGCUGCUGUUCUUCGGAAGAGAUGAGUUCCCCGAGGACCCUCUAAAAGAUAUUCUGGACUCGUUUCAGGAAUGCCACUCAAGUCUAGUGCGGUACCAGAACGUGUACCUGCUGCAGGUUAUUCACGUCAUCAGAGACGGAGGGCCUUGGUCAAGUCCUGUACUGGAUGGAAUCCUGAAGGAAUUUGAGCAACAGCAAGAAGACGUGGAUCGCUAUCUCAGCUCUGAGGUGCCCAUGUUCUUCGAAUUGCGUGUGCGUUACCUGCUAGCCUGCGAGAGGAUCCGCGAGGCCAUGGCGUUAGCUCUAAAGUGCAGUCAACACCAGACAGCUGGCCGUCUCCUGUUCUUUAAGCAGGCCUACCUCUGCUGUCUCUGGAAGUCCUCUCAGCAAGAACGCCUCUUCACUGAGAUGGAGGAGAUCGACGGAAAAGAUGCCGUGGAGAUCCUCUGCAUUGCAGAGAAUGAGGAAAAGGACGAAUUGCUCCUGGAGCUCAGUAGAGGCUUCCUCUUGCAGCAGCUCAAAAAUGGAGACAUGUAUUACCUUUGGGAUCUGGUCUUCAUAUGGUGUAAACUGUACCUCAGAGUGAAGGCCAAGGAACACUUUCUGCAAGAAUGCAAACUGUUGCUCCUGUUAGCCACCAAUGUGAAGGCAAUCUUCCCGUUUAUGAAGGUGAUCAUGUCUGAGCAUUUGGGCAAAGAAGGCCUCACAUUUUGCAUCGAGCUCUGCGCCCAGGCCCUUCAGACUGACCUCAAGAACGACCCGGCCACCAAGUCUCUCCUCUACAAAACCAUUGCCUACCUGCUUCCCAACGACCUGGAGGUCUGCAGAGCCUGUGCGCUACUCGUGUUCUUCUUGGAGCGCACUGUCGACGCCUACAAGACCGUGUUCUUCCUGUACAACCACCCAGACCUGGAGUACCACCUGGACACCAGUCCCGUUGGGAACAACGUGCGCUUUGAGGUGAUUCAGAUCCUGAAAAGGGGGCUGUUCUUUGACCCGGAGUUCUGGAGCCUUCUGAACAUCAAAACAAACUGCCUGAAGCUCAUGAGUGACGAGGUAGCCAGAGCCGCCCUCUGCGAAAUUAUGGAAGAGGAUAAAUGGGCGCCUGGUUACUGCGUCCGAGAGCACUGCAAGUGCCGCGCUGAGCCGGAAAGGACCGUCAUCAGGCAAGAGACAAAGCCUGGUAGUAGAGACAAUCAGGAAUCAUCGACAGUGGAAAAUAAGGUCAGGAGUCCUCCUGGCGAACCGUCUUCCGAUGCUCCUCAAUAUAAGAAGAGAGGGAGGAAACCAGGGUCACGGCUCACAAAGAAUCUGGAGCUGUUUCCAGUCCGGCGUUCCUUCAGGCAGCUGGAUUUGGCACAAAAUCAUGCCAGACAGCCGAACAACAGAUGUCAGAGGUUCCUGACUCGGCAGGCAGAGAAAAAUAUUCUGAAACGGCGAGGCAGGAAACCCCGGUGGCUCCUGGAGCAGUUAGCUGCUAUGGGAGAAAACAGUGCUCCUGGGCAACGUAAGAAACCAGGGAGGAAACCAAAGCUUUUCAGUUCACUAAAGGACAUUUUAGUUGACACGCCGGUCAUCGAGAUCACGACAGAAUAUUCCUACCCCGACAACGAAGUCGAGCUGCCCAUCGACGUUCAUGAGCGGGUUGCGUCCAAAACAGCUUCUUCCACAGCGCAAAGUUUUGAGCAUCCACAAACAACGCCUUGUAUUAAAACUCUGAACUCAAUCCUUCUUUUACUCGCAGAAAAGUCUCCUCAUUCGAAGGGAGGACAUGAUGACUUUCAGCCACAGGAUGUUACUGUCAUUAUUAGAAAAUUCCACACCUACGCUAAAGUGCCUGAUGAAGAGGAAAGCCCUUCGCUUAACCGCCUUACGGACACUGAACUGUUAACAGCUCAACAUGCCGAGAAACAGGAAGACAGUUUUCAGUCUCUCGAGCAUGUAAAGAAUCCUAUCGAUCUGGCGGAGGGUUCUAAAAUGACCUCACUGAGUGCUACUGUAACACAGGAGAUCCCUGGUGUUCGUGAUGGAUCUGACCUGCCGUUACUUUUGCCUGUUGAGCAGGUUGUAAUCCCUGAUGGCAAAAUCAUUACAGAGGCCAACGCUCCCAAAGAUCAUACUGCUAGUCUUGCAACUGACAAUUUUCAAACGCUGGAAAACACCCAUGUUGUUUCUAAUCUCGGUAACAUGCCAGAAGACGCUACUGAUGUUAUUUGUACUACGUCUGAAAAAGCAACAGAUAUUAAUUCUACCUCUGACAAUACACCUAAUACUACAACCGAACUUGCACCCCAAAGUAAACUUUCUACCCCCAAAGAAAUCCCGGACACUCAUGAAAAUCCCCCCAACAUCAAAGAAGCUGUUGACACCUCAAAAAAUAUGUCCGCAGAUGAAGUUCUUAAGACUCCUGCUGCUAUCGCAGAAUCAGCGAAACCUCAAGAACCGACAUCGCAGCAGAGCACAGAGGCCGAGUCGUCUCCGAACAGUAACUCGUCUCCUGUCUGCGCUGCUCAGACUCCCGUGCAACCCAAACACCAGUGCAAGCUUUGCAAUAAAAAUUACGAGACCCCCCUAAGUCACGCUUUAUGGCAUUACAGGACGGAAAAGAAAUGCAUGUUCUGCAGCAAACUGGCUUUGACCCGUGGAGCCUUGCAGCAUUUCCAAAAGCACAUAAAGGAGUUGAGCAGGGUCGAAGGUCUGCCCGAGACCAAGAAGUGCGAGGAUGUGCCCGAAGGGUCCAGGAGCCCCAGCCAAACCAUUCCAGAGUCUCCGCCAAAGAAAGCAAAACCUGGAUUUGCACAAAUCAAGUCAAGACUGCUGAUGAGACUAAAACUGACAAGGAAAGCUCAAACUCAGCACGAGGUGGAGAAAAGCUCCGAUAACGGUGGACCAGCCAUGAACGAGGCAGACACAAAAAAUCCAACAUCAGUACCAGAGCAAAAACAGAGCAGCGUGAAGGAUGAUAAGCAGAGUGUCCCACAGGAGGUGAUAAGAUACCUAACAAGAGGAUCAGUCAGGAAGUCUGAACACAAGGGAAGGCUGCGUCAGAUGAAACUAGGCAGAAAAGCAAAGGCUGCAAGAGCGAUGGCAGGAGGAGAUCGGUCAGCGCCCAAGGACGCUUCUGUUCACAGGGUGAACGGAGCGAUUAGGAAAAAACGAAAGAUGUGGUGCCUUCAGCAAGAGGGCAGCCUUGCAACCGAGAAAAACCUGCUACCACCAGGAAAAGAAGAGAAUAAGACCGAUGCAGAGAGAUCGGAGAAGACGAUCAGGAGUCAUAAAGUCAAUUACGAUAUCAGGGCCAAAGCAGACAAGACAACCAGCAAUAAUACCGAAGGGAAAAGUGAAAAUUGCACAAAAGCAAAGGUACUAGAGGAACUGAGAGUGAAAAAGAAAAAGCAUGAGGAGGAUAAAUCUGACGUUAAGGCAGCAAAAAAACGAAAGAACGAAGAAGGUCUUUCAUCUGUUAAGUCGACAAACACGGUGGAAGAGAAGAACUCCGUUCCAAAUGUAGACAAACAGCAAACGAGUACCAAGGACGAGUCCAGCGAGACUUCCAAGGUGGUGCAAAAGAGGAAAAUCUGCAGCACUCCUGCAGUCAGCUGUCCUAUAGACGGGUGCACGUUCCAAGCCAUGCCAGGCCCAGUACUCUCUCAUGUUCUCAUACACCACCCGGGUGACACGAAAGCCCUCGAGUUCUUCUACAACCUUGCCACAAAAAAGUGUCUGUUUUGCGCCAGAAGGAUUUGGACUCCUCAGCAUUUUUUCGACCAUGUUGUGUCUCACCGAGGGAACCUCAAACACCCGUGCUACCACGUGUCCUGUCAAAAGAGGUUUAAAACGCGGAUGGCUGUGGGUGAUCACAUGGAAAAGGACCACAAUCCUCUGAAAGCAGGAUGCUGCUUCCCUGGGUGUAUGGUGCAGUCUGCCAGCCUUAAAGACUUGUACAGCCAUGAAAAGAGUCAUUACAAGGCAGUUAUACUGAAGAAGGACAAAGCAGUGGACAAACCCAGCCUCAGAUUGGCAAGAGAAAAGACUACUCCAGAAGCAGCAGCACAACAGACACCCGAGAGCACAGGGACGGAGCCUGAAACUCUUCCACCUCUUCCACCGUCUCCUUGUCCUCCUCUUCCUUCUCCUCCACCACCGGGUGAAAUUAUGGCACAGACAAAUACCCCGGCGCCUGUAAAACUAGAAGAAGAAAAGCCUUUGUUGUUAAAUAAAAGUAUGGUGAACUACGGCAGCAAGACCUCCCGUCUCGUCAACGGUCACGCGGACCACGCACAAGAAAAAAGCACUAAAGCGGCCCCCGCAGUUCCGAAAGAGCAGGAACCGAAGUACGAAAAAGUGGCGGCCAAGCCGUUCAGCAGACUUCCUCCUUCAGCGUACCUUGACGAGCUGUACCUUAGCAUGCCCAAAAAGUGGAGGGGAUCCCAAGCGUGUCCCGAAGGCUCCGAUACAGAUAACGUCAUCCCCAUCAAGAGACCGAGCUGCUCUCGCUGUAACGCGGCCUUUGACUGCGAAGAAGGACUGCAGCUACACCGGGAAAAAUGCACAUCUCUCUUUGGCUUCGAUUCAGAUGACGAGAAUGCCUUCUGAAGAGUGGAGCCUGUUUGCAACGCUGCUGCGAACAUUCAAAAAGAAUGAAACCUUGAAUAAAAGGACCUUUUUUUAAAUAAGAGAAGGUGGGAAGCGGAGCCUGUCUGACCACCCGGACACGUCCCCGCGUCAGUUUCUUUACUCUGAGAAAUUUGAUCGUAAUUGACGACUACAGUAGAGACUCAUCUGCUCCGAUCCCAGACUUUGUGAUGCAGAAUAUCACCUCCAAUCACAGACACCACUGUGGAUUUGCAAAGUGCGCUCGGGUAACAAGCUAGCGACCGUGCAAACUUUUUUUUUUUUUUUUUUUUUUAAAGAUUGCUGCAGUAUUUGAUGAAAAUGUAACUAGGUUUUAUUGGUGGAGGUCAUGAGGAUGCUGCCUCAGCCUUAACUGUGACUUGACUUUUGCUUCAAGACGUGUUACGGCAUAGACGUAAUUGCAACGGCAAAGGAAUCUGGAACAAUUCCAGCACACUUUGGGGGAAAAAUAUCUGGUUAUUUCUUAACUUUGUCACAGAUUUUAUUAACAUUUAUUCUCUCAAAUUCAGCCAUCUCACGUUUCUUGUACUCCACUAAGGAAAACUGUUGCUCAAGAAUUUAGAUCUAUCUACGGAUUUGUCUCGCGCGUAUCGAUGCCACAGAAGACGAACAAUCAGUGUUUUGCUGAAAAUUUUUAAUGAGGUAGAGAUGAAAAAAAAUUAUGUAUUAAUCUAUCUUAAAGCAGUUUUAAAAAGAAUGCUGUGGCAGUGAAGCAACCUCUCGUCAUUAAUGUAUAUAUGUUUCUAAAACCCUUCUCUCUCCUUCACUCAACCAGCCAGAACGAGGAGAAUUAAAUGUCUCAGAAUGGAGGCAUGUCUGAACUGUUCUACACCAGAGCAGUGAUUUACUAAUUUAAUUUAUUCUUUUCUUUUCUUUUUUUUUGUAUUUUAUGUAAAUGUUUGAAAAGUUUGGACGGUAUAUAAUUGGGAUGGGUUAAUAUAGGGGGUUUAUAUAUCAAGAGUUUUUCUGGCCUACAAAAAAAAUAAUGAUUAAACAUGUAUGAGAACAGA